CAAAAUUAAAGAAAGUGUACUACCUUCCGAUAGAACCUGAACUGUAUGAACCAAAGAAGUUUAUAGAUAGUGACAGGAAAGCUGUUGAUAAACUUUAUAGGAUCAAUGGACUUGGACUUUCUAAUUUUAUCCCCAAUGUCAAGAAUCUCAAGGGUUCCACAUCUAAGAUCACGAUUCAAGAUUCAGAGAGGCAAACAUUAAUUGAUGUCAGUAGUAUGAAGUAUCAACUAAAGAGGGAGCUGUUGUUUGAUGAAGAAUUUCACAGAGAUGAGGAAGUUAAUGAAGGAAAAUGGAAGGCGGAUCAUCUUGCCCAAUGUAUAAAAGACUUUUCAAGGGCUGGUCAGUGGUUAUCAGAUGUAACUUUUGGUCAACUACCCAAACAUUUACACUUUGCUGGUUUGGAAGAUAAUAGGUCAGCAAAAGCCAUGCAUACACUAAGAAUGGCAAAUAUACUGGUUCAGAGGACAGAUGACCCCAAAACAGGAGUGGGUGCAGUCAUUACUAAGGGAGAGUCUGAGAAUGAGGUGUACUGUGGCCUGGGGUGGAAUGGUUUCCCUCAAGGUGCUCAGCAUUCAGACUAUCCCCGAGCUGCAGAGAAAACAGACGUGCACCAUGAGAGGAAGUACCCAUAUGUUGUGCACGGAGAAAUGAAUGCAUUAUCAAAUGGGAGAAACUGGCAUUAUGUGCCAGGCGACUUCAAGUCCUAUCAGACAAAAAUACCCUGUGAUGACUGCACCCCAGUACUCUAUGAGAUGGGUGUUCGGGAAAUUUACCAUCCAUCCUCUGACAGCAGGAAGCGGCAGAAGAGUGGUAUAGGCUACAGUAAAAUACAGGAAUAUUGCAAAAAUGAAAAAAUUCAGUGUUUCGAGGCAACAAAAUCCAAUGAACCAGAAGAAACUUGAGAACUCCCAGUAGAAAGUUACAUGUAUCUCGGGAAAAAGAAGCUGAAUACAAGUAUAAAUAUGCUUAAAUAGGAGAACUGUAGAUCUCUUAAGAGGAACUCUCCAAAUAUAGCCAUAAAUGCUUCAGCAGACCUGUGGAUCUGAUGGAGACCAGCUAAACUGUAUACCUCCACACUAAACAAAUCAUAUAAAUUGGAUUAUACUUCAGUGGGUCCUUAAACUUUAAUAUUGAGACAAACCAGAGGAAUUGACAAUACAAACCACAAGGAUAGUGAAAUGUUUGUGAUAUUCAUCAGAACUCCAUAAUGACGCAUGACAACUACUUUAGCGAUGCCUCCAACAAAUAUGACAAUAACUGUAGAGAUGGAUACAAGAUGGAGGAUCCUGGUGUUUGUGACAUUUGAUCUGAUUCUAUAAUUCUCCAUAAUGCAUGACAUUGACAACAACUAUAGGGAUGCCUCGAUCAAAUAUGGCACUUACAUUUGUAAUGGAAAAAAAUGUUGAUAUUCUGAAAAGUGUUUCAGUCAUUUUUUUUUUGAAAUAUCAUGAUAUAGCAAAUGUUAAAGAUUAGCCAUUUGUAUGUCACCAUUGUGGACAUUGUUUCAGUCAUAUUUUUUACUUUGGAAUAUCAUAAUAUAACACAUGUUAGUGAUAAGCCAUUUGUAUGUCACCAUUGUAGAAAGUGUUUCAGUCAUAUUUU